UCCGGUUUGUUAAACUAAAGAAAGUUGUUUUGUUGAAAAAUAGAAUAUUUUUAUAGAGGAAAGUAAAUAAUAUACGCUGUAUGUUACUGUAGCUGUGCAGCCCUCAGAGAAUCUACGAUGGGUUCUCGUCUCAGAGAAUCUCCUGGGAAACUUUUUGAGGUGUUUAUGGAAGUGGCUAAACCAAAUGGAGAAAUUGAAGAACCAUUUAUACUUCAACAAUAUCCUGAAUACUACAAAGAUCAGGAAGUACUAAAAUCCUCUCCAAAAUUUGCAUAUCCCUGUGAGAUAGAUUGUGGAGCAGUUGAUCAUUUUACCUUUGUAUUUACGGAUAUAGAUGGUAAAUUUAAAUUUGGUUUCUGUCGACAUACACCAGGAGCACCAACAACAUUAUGUAUUGUCAGUUGUCUACCAUGGUUUGAGAUAUUCUAUAAGUUAUUAAAUAUGAUCGCUGAAAUACUUAAUAGAUCAGAAAUGAAUUGUGCCAUACCAUUAUUGGAAGCUACAUAUAAUCAUGAAAUUCCAAUGCCAAAAGUUCCAGUCACUAUAGUAGCUCAACAAGAGAUGCUUAGUUUUAGUGGACCAGAUCCUGCCCAACUUCCCAGUAUUCCUGCUAGUAGAAAUUUAACAGAAUAUUAUAAUGCAAUUGAUACUAAUAAUAUGAUGAUUAUAUUCGCACAUUUAUUAAAUGAAAGAAGAGUAUUAUUUACAUCAAAGAAAUUAAGUAGAUUAACAUCUUGUAUCCAUGCUGCAUCAGCUUUACUGUAUCCUAUGUGUUGGCAGCACUUAUUUAUACCUUUACUGCCAGCUCAUGGUAAUUUAAUAGAAUAUGUCAGUGCUCCUAUGCCAUAUUUAAUUGGUGUACAUUCCAGUUUACUGCCAAAAGUGAUGAAGAUGGAGAUAGGAGAUGCUGUGAUUGUAGAUGCUGAUAAUAAUACUGUACAUACUACACAUACUGAUUUUCAAGAUAUACCAGAAGAUGUGGCGGCCUUCUUAAAGAAAUGUUUGCGACCAGAGAAAUUAAAGAAUUCUAUGAUGGAGUCGGGAGAUGCAAUAUCUAAGGCGUUUCUUCAAGCACUUGUAAGACUUAUAGGUGGUUAUAGAGAUGCUUUACGCUUCCGACAUGGAGAACCAAUAACCUUUGACCCUGAUUUAUUUGUUGUAUCUAGAAGUCAAUCAAUGCAACGUUUUCUAGAGAAUAUGUUACAGUUACAGAUCUUUCAACAAUUUAUUAAUGGUAGAUUAGAUAUGUUAAAUACAGGCUAUGGUUUCUCUGAUACAUUUGAACAAAUGUCUAUGUUAUAUGCGGAUAAGCUCAAUACACAAUCCCGUUAUAAAGAAUGGCAGAACCAAAUGAAGAAACAAGGUAAAAAAUUACAGAAAGGUGGUAAAGAUAUGUGGUCAGAUCUUAAAGAGAAGGCCGCUCCUAUGAUGACGACUGCUGUACAGUCAGUGAAGUCCCACAGUAAAAAAGCCUAUUCUGAUAUUAAAGCUAGGAUCAAUGAGAUGAAUGAAAGAGGUCAAAGUCCUAAGAAUUCACCUAGUAGUAUUCCUCCUAUGGGUAGAGAUAUAAAUCGCAGUCGACCUACCACUAUAGUUGGACCAGAAAUCAGUAAACAAAGGGUAUAUGUAAGAAGAGAUCCUCCUAUACCAGCCCCCAGAAAUCUAGCUAAAACACCUGUUGAAUUAGAUAUACCAUUCGUAGAUACAGAUAAAAAUCAUGCAAAAACAACUUUAACCAAGUCACAUUCUAGUAGCGUUAUCACAGAUAAUAAAAUUGGUGUGUCAUCAGCAGGAAACAUCCCCCCUCCACGUCCCCCAAAACCAAAGAUGUAUCAAAAUGUAGUCGAGGAGGGUCCCCUAAUUUCUUUUGAGGAUGACAAACCCAAACAGUCGGUCGUAAGUUUUAACAGUGAAGAAAAACAAAAUGAUCUCCUGUUUUCUUUGAGUCAGCAAAAACAAUCUCCACAAGCUUCCGGAUUAGUUCGUAAAACGGCUUUUAGACAGAGUGAUCGAUCCGCGCGGAUACAGUCUUAUAAAGCUAACAUAUACAAUCAGACAGAAGGCAAUGCUGCCGAUUUAUUUGAUCCCCUCGCGAAAACAAAUUGUGAUAAAGACUUACCGAAAGUGGAAGCAAGCUGUGAUAAUCAGGAUUUAUUAGGGGAUUUUUUCUCAGAUAGUGUACCACCUAAAACUAAAACUAAUAUGAACUUUGACGCUUUUGGUAUGUUGGCUACACCUCCAGUCAUGCGCCAGACACCUCAUCUUUUGGAUAAUUCUCUACAGUCUAGCAGUAGUGGUAGUUCCCGAUCAUCAGAAGAUCUAUAUUCCAGUACAUCGUUAGAAGGUAGAAAUUGAUGUUAGCAGUGUUUAGUUAAAACUUUUUGUGGAAAGAAUUAAACUAAGGUGGUAUUAUUAUUUUCAAUUAAAACGAAAAAAAAUAGAUUUCAAAAAACGAAUUAUCACAUCUGUCACUUACUAACAGGGUUGGCAAAUUACGAUAACCUUUUUUAAAGUUUUAAAAAUACAAUUUCUAUAUAGAAAUUAUAGCAUGUAUGUAGAUAGGGAAGGGUGUAUGUCAGUUUUCAACUAACAAUUAUUAUCUAGCAUGUUUGUGUAAGUCACUGUUUUUCACCCUGUCUGUGAAGGGAUGGUCAUCCUGUUUCUAUAUUCUAACAAUAGAUACAUGUAGAUAAUAACUACACUUAAUAGAAUCAACUUCCUUCAUUUAUUCCAACACCACACUAAAUUAAAGAUUGCAUUGAACUAGCAACUGUUAAUUGGAAAGAGUAGAAACAUUACAAAGAGUCAAUUUUGUCUCACAAAAUUAACAAAUUUGACUGAUGUAUUUAAAAAAUCACCAAUUUUAAGCUUUAGAAUGCCAUAUUGAAAGAUCUGUUAAAAUUGAUUAUGCCACUAGCACAUCUAGUUAAGGUUACCGCUUAAAUUUCUAGAUGUCGAUCCUAGUAGUUGUAAACUCUCAUUAUUUACCUGUUGUUAGAAUAUUGAUGGACCACCCCCUUUAAUGCCCCAGAAGGAGAUACAAAAGUAAUCGAAAGAUUAGAAAAAUUUUGGAUUUAUUUACAGAUGGUUUUAUAAAAUUACUUUAUACAUGUACAAUACAUUCCAAAUCCACGAAUACUGCCUUAAUGUUACAAGAUGAAGUUUAACCUAUAAUCACUAAUCUCCCCUUGAAUUAUAUGUUACAUGUAUGUUUCAAAACCUUUAACUGGAUAAAAUACAUAGCAAUGGCUUCACUGUGAUGUGUACAUGUAUUAUAGUAGUAUAUGUUGAUCUAAUAGCUUCCAUGCAGGUGUCAAGUGAACAUAAUUUUAAAAUAUGUUUUCUACUGCCCAAUAUUUUUAGCUAUAUUUCCCUACAUAAAGAAUGAUUCUGUCUUGUUUGAAGCCCAUUGUCAUCUGUUUCAACAGUAAAGAUCUAUUUUAUUUAGUACCAAUUUAGAUAUGAAGGGCCAAAUAACAACAGAUUAAAAGCCCUGCCAGUGAUAUUUCUGUGGAUUUCUGCGCCCCAUAAACAGUACAUACAUGUAAUGAAUUAGUGUAUCCUCUACAUCAUUACUACCUGACAAACAAAAUGCAUUUUCAUUUGCCGAGUCCUUUACGAAAAUCACACCAUACUUUUUUCCUGCUUUUAUGGUUUAGACUACUUGACACCUUGACAAUGGCUUUGACACAAAAUUCAUGCCAUUAUGUUUUUAUUUUACAAUAUCUAACGCUUUCAAUAACAGAGCAUAAUCGUGGGGUACUUUUGUAUACAAAUAAAUAUUUCUUUGCGACUAUUGAAUGUCUGAAUGGUAGAGUUAAAACACUUAUAAAAUAGAUGUAUAGUAAUCAUGUACUUGGAUUGUUGUGGAUUUCACCAUUUUGAAAACUGGAAAAAAAAAUAUCUUGUCCAACUGUGAAAGGGAAUACAUACACAUACUAUAUAGGGUAGUUUGUUUAGAUAUUGAAAACUUUUUAAAAGGAUGCCAACAUUUUAACAGCAGGUCUUGAAACCUUAGUCUGUUUCUUUCCAAUAUUGUCUAUACUAAGAAAGAACUUGUAUGUUUUGUCAUAGAUGAGGUAACACUUAUUGUUAAGAUUUCCUUAGUUAUAUAUUUUUAAACUUUGCUUUGCUCAGCUGUGUAGUCUGUUUGUGAGUGGAUGUGAGAGAGCAGCUUAUUUUAUUACUAUAUUUAUAUACUUGUGAAAUACUCAUGAAGACUUAGUUUCUGUUAGUCGUAUAUUUUAAAUAAAUAUUAUAUUGUAAAUUUAUCAAAUAAAGUUUAUUAUAAUAAAAUAUGUAAAUUGUAUAUAUUAUUAAGAAGCAUCAAGAGUAAAUAUUAUAGGUUUCAUUUAUAAAGAUGCAUUAUAUAAGAGCUAAAUCUGCCUAUUGUAGGUACUUUCUUUGGCUUCAGAUGUUAUAUAAAUUAUUAGUGAGACAUUUUAUUCACAUGACAAGCCCUUAAUCAAUUCUCUAGACCAUCGGAUGAUUUGGAUAUUGAGUAGAUUUGAAAAUACCUGACAUAUCUUCGUUAAACGAUUUUAUGGACACCACUAACAGAGACUGCCAAUUGAAGGACUGAAAAUCAAGACUUUAUUUAUUAUCGUGGCAAUGGUUCUUGACAAUCAAGACAAUUUAGGUUAUUUCUUGUCAACUUUCAAAUAUUCAUAACUUCGCUCAGAAUAUAGUAAUCUUACAUAAUGCCUAUUUAACCAUCCAGGUGGUUUACAAAAUUGAAAUAAAAUUGAACCAUGUGUUAGUCCCGAAAUAUACAGAGGGAAAUGGAAUUAAUUCAGUUGGAAAGUUUCAAUUGAUGUAAAUAGUGUUUAGACCAGUGUGAAUUUUUACUUAGCAUACUGGUUUUUAUCUUGUGUGGUCUUAAUCUGUAAAUCUGACUUAAAUAAUACCAUUCAUACCUCUCCUCGAACAUUACUGUAAAUUCUCUAUGAUUUAUAUUUGUUAUUUAAUCUUGUGUAUCUAGGAGUAAUUUCUUUCACAUUCGUUUAAUAUCAAAACUUUGUUUAAAAAUUCACAAAAAUCAUUUAAAAUCAUCCACAAUCAUCUAAUUUGUACUUGUGUUUAGAAGUACAGUGCAAUACUCUUAACAUUUAUGGUCUUAUAAUUCUUUGAGUGGCACAAGAUAACCAUUUGUCUGACAUUGGUGUCAUGAUUGCCACUUGUCAGACUAUUGGUUGGAUCGCACCUCGAAUAAUGGACACAGAGAAUUUACAUUCAUUUAAAAAAUGAUUUUGGGCCCAGUAAUGAAAGAGAAUGAACAAAUUUAAUUUGUCAGGAAUUACCAUUUUAGAAAAAUGCUAUAAACAGCAUUUCUAAAGAUUAAGAAAUAGAACCUUUUGCAUUUCAAAAUAUCCACAAAUCAAGAUACAACAUUUGGACACAUGAUACCCAGAACAGUUCUAAUUGGUGCAGAGAUACACAGCUUAGACAGAAAUGUGCAUAUUUAUUGAGAAAUUUUAAAAAUACAAAAAAAGUGUAUUUGACAAAUGUUCCGAGAUACACCAUUUUGACACUUCACCGACGAUAUGUCCUUUAGCUCAUAUGAAAUAAAACCUAAUGUCAUUAUGAAAAUUGUAUCAUCUGUAUGUUUUAACAGUACAGAGAUUUAAAGAACCAGUCCCAGAUUUCACAGUGUACCCAUUGAUAACAGUGGGUAUACAAAUUAAAUAUCAAGAUGUACAAAAGUACUCUAAAAGUUCCAGAACAAAAUAUUGAGGAGUUUUGAAGUGAUUGCUAGAUAUGCUUAACAGAGUAACUUAUGGAAAUAACGCACAAAUAAUUUAGUAAUUGUUCUUCCUUUAUUAUGUGUUACAGUUUAUUGUACAUUUAUAGAUUCUUUUACAGUGCUUGAAGCUUUCAAUGUUACUUACGGUACUAUAAGAAAUAUCUUUACAGUUAACAUGUGCCAGCUUGAUAGGGGGUAGGUAAGAAAGUUAAGUUAAGAGGGACUCAAGCUCAGGACACACAGUUCAAUAGGGGAUAGUUGUAGAACCUGCAGUUAAAACAUGUGUUUACCAUUUCAAGGACACUAUUUUACAUCUACAGACCAGGGGGGGUAGAUGACCGAAUGGUUAGCAUGUGCGUGUUGUAUCAUAAGGCCUGUCAUUGAGUCAACUGGUGUUUUUUUCGAAUUCCUCGUUGUGGGUUUUCUCUGGGUCCUCCGGUUUCCUCCCACUUCUAAAGACUCCAUAUGCGCAAGCGAAUUAUUGAAAUAAAGUUAAACCAUAUGUUAGUCCCGAAAUGACCUAGUCUGUGUCGUGGAUGUUAAACCCCAUUUCUCUCUCUUAUGAUAUCGUUGAGAGGCUGUAGGUUAUUCUUUGACAUUUUGGAUGGUGUAUGCUGUGUGCAUAUAAUGUUGGGUGUUGCUGGGUUAUUUGAAUCAAUAUUUUAUAUUAAAAGUUUCAACUUGUCUUGAAUAAGAUUCUCUUGAUGCUACAAUACAAUCAUGUUUCAGGGAUUAGUAGAUAAUCCAAAGGUAGUAAUCCCAAAGCAACAAACUAGACAACACUGUAUUGUAAAUGAAAAAGGUUUAAUCCAGAAUGUUUUUUAAUGACCACCCUUCAUCAACUGGUUACACACGAAACAUGCUAUAUUAAUCUUAUAUGUAGGUAACUUAAGGUCACAUUCCCACCAACGCCUAUUAUGUAUUAUUAUUUAGUUAUUCCUGUCACAAUUUGAAUUAUUUUGGGGGGAUUUUUUUUUUAUUAUUAUUUCCUAUUACUAACACUGCGGUGAAUUUUACUGAUCUCCAAAAGAAAGUAUGUCACGAUCUUGAGAAACUAUUGAAUAAACACCCAUCAAAACAUUUUAAAAAGAUAUAGGGAAAUUACUGGAGUAGGUUGUAUAUGUAAAUCUUUGGAUAUUUUGUAUAUGUAGGUAGGCCCGUAUUUAGCUGUCCCCAUGUGACUUAUAAAGAGAUUUUAAUCCAUGUUUCAGUAUAUAUAUAAUAAAUAAACAUUUUGAAGAUUUUGUUGAACAAAGUUUGUGCUGAAUUAAGCAUUUUGUGGGCAUUGAAUUGAAAUUAUUCCUUGUAGUGCAAAUUGUUAUAAAUGGAUUUAUAUUUCUAGCCCACAUUUGGUCAUUAGAAGACAUUUUGUUCUUUUAAUUUUGUCCCCCACUUAAAAUGGGUUCGUCUGUUUGUCCGUCCGCCACACUUUUUCGGACACAAUAAUAUCUAAUUCAACUAGUGUAGGUGAUGAGCAUUUCCCGCGCAGAAUAAGCAGGGAUAAGCAAUUUGAGAGUGCUGAAAGUGUGUGUACAGUUUCAUUGCAUCAAUACAUGUUAAUGAGCAUUUUCUGCUUAGGUUAGUGGGGUUGGGUGGUCUAGUGGUUAAACAUGUGUGCAUGAAAUCAUAAGAUCUGUCAUUGAGUCAAGUGGUGUGUUUUUGAUACCCUGCUUGUACGUGACAAGGACAAGGGUCGCCUGUCCGACCUGGGUUUUCUUUGGGUCCUCUGGUUUCCUCCCACUGCUGAAGACCCCUACAUGCAAGCGAAUUAGUGUCGAGUGGAUGUUAAACCCCAUUUUUCUCUCUCUCUCUGCUCAGAUUAAGCAAUUUAAUUGGUUGGUGCCUUGGCACACUAUAACUUUGUUUCUAAUUGAGGGAGAAUGAUGAAACUUGGUGUAUAGUUUCACUACAAUAAAACCAUGUGUAAGUUUGAUUCGUGGGCAUUUUCUUCUUUGGCUAAGUAUAGAUAAGUAGUUUGAUUGCUUGAUGCUUUACAGAAAGAUAAAUUUUAUGUACAAUAUAUGUGUCAUCUAUUUAUUUUUGGAUUGAGGCGGGAGACAUAUUGUGGCUGAAGCCAUCAGCUUCCUAUAGGCUUGUUGGGUUUUUUAAAAUCAUCAUGAAUAACUACUAACUGUUUGUUACUUUUUGAAUUAGUGUAUUAUAUUUAAUGCAGUGUUUGUUACAGGUUACCAUGUUAUAUCAAAGAUUUAAAUUAUUGAUAUGGGGUUAAAGGAAAAACUAUAUUUGAUUUAAACCCUAUAUAUUAAAAGUGUCAAUCAAUGAUUAUUUAUUGUUAAUGAUUAUAUAAGGGAAUCUGCUUAUAUUUUAAUAAAGCAGAAUUCAAAACCA